AGUGUUUCACCAGAUCCUUCAGAUUGAAUGCCGGAUCUUGUGAGCACAAAAGAAAGAUUCGAUUCACGGGACAACAACCAGAACAACCAACAAGCAAACAAGCAACAACAGUUUAUUUUUUAAAAAGGAAAGGAGCAAUAAGGAAGAGAAGAUGAAGUCAGUUCCAGUUCUACUAAGUGUAUUGAGCAUGUUGGGUAUGCUAAGUGUGGUUGCAGGCCAAGCUAGUGUCCAGUGUCUGCAAGAAAGCAGACAAUUGGAAGAAGAUUCUUUUUUGGACAUGAUCCAAGAUGAUCUGUACAAUCAGUACAAGGCUGAUUUUGACAGCAUUUGUGACUUUACUGGUCUGACUACUCCUGACUGUGGCCUCAAAUUUGAUGGAGACAAUGCUACCUAUGUGGCUGCUUGUGUGGACAAGGGAGGUCAGGUGCUUACAAGACCUGUAGUGCUCAAGUGUGGCUACAGUGUGGCCACCUUCAAUUGGGACCUAGGAGUGGCUCCUACUUGUGUGAGCACUGCUUGCAACAUGUCUGCCAUUCAGCCUCAUGAACUCAAUGACACUAGACUAGAAAAACUACUCACUGAUCUAUCCAUUACUGGAUGUUCUGCAGACCUAUCUGCUGCCAAUCUAAACCAUGGGUAUGGUAAGAUGAUGGUGGGAAUCAUGGCACUUACCACACUUGUUGGGAUUUUCAUCUAAGAGGUAAACACAACGCAACAACAACCAACAAAGAUUGCAUUCCUUUUAUUUAAAAAUAGCAAGAACAGAAGAUACAUUUAUUGCUUCAUUUCAAUUUACAUCUAUCUUUUACUUAGCCAAAAAUGGAUUGCGU